AUGACUUCGACAAGAUCUAAUGCCCGUCUCGUUAGGUUUGGCGUGUUUGCCUUGAUAUUGAUUGGCUGCGGCUACAUUCUAACCAGGGGCUCGUCUUUCCAGCAGUCGCCCUCGAGCGUCAACACCAGCCAGCCUGUACCUGCAGCUGACCAGAACAAACCAGCGCAAGGCCAGGGCCAAUCGCUGUACCGGGCCAAGGAUGUGGGACCCACGCAGAGGUUCCGUGCUUUUGAAGGCCAAGAACCCCAGGCCAUUCCUCAGAUCAACAUUGAUCCUGCUGUUUACUCGCCAAAGGACAAAGUCAAGGCUACCUUUGUCUCGUUGGCACGGAAUGGCGACUUGUACUCGCUAGUCGACUCCAUCAGACAAGUCGAGGACCGUUUCAACAACAAGUUCCACUACGACUGGACUUUUUUGAACGAAGAAGAGUUUACUCCCGAGUUCAAGGAGACCGUGUCUAACUUGGUGUCGGGCAAGGCCAACUUUGGCUUCAUCCCCAAAGAGCACUGGUCCUACCCUGCUUGGAUCGACCAAGAAAAAGCCGCUUUGGUUAGAGAGCAAAUGAGAGAGAAGAAGAUUAUCUAUGGCCAUUCUGAAUCCUAUAGACACAUGUGUCGUUUCGAGUCGGGUUUCUUUUGGAGACAAGACGUCUUGAAAGACUAUGAAUACUACUGGCGUGUCGAGCCCGACGUCAAGAUCUACUGUGACAUUGACUACGACGUGUUUAAAUGGAUGAAAGAUAAUGGCAAGGAGUACUCGUUUACCGUGUCAUUGCCUGAAUAUAAGGAAACCAUCCCUACACUAUGGCAGACUACCAAAGAGUUUAUCGAGAAAAACCCCCAGUAUCUCAACCCUAACAACAUGAUGGACUGGAUCUCGGACGACAAGGGGGAAACUUACAACGGGUGCCAUUUCUGGUCCAAUUUCGAAAUUGCCUCGUUGAACUUUUGGAGGUCGGAAGCUUACACUAAAUAUUUCGAGCAUUUGGACAAAGCCGGCGGCUUUUUCUACGAGAGAUGGGGCGAUGCGCCAGUCCACUCAAUUGCCGCCUCGCUAUUCUUGCCCAAGGAGAAGAUCCACUUUUUUGAAGAUGUGGGCUACUUCCAUGUGCCAUUCCAUAACUGUCCCGUUGACCCUGAAAUCAGAAAGGAAAGACAUUGCAACUGUGACCCGCAAAAGGAUUUCACUUGGAGAGGCUACUCGUGUACCACAAAGUACUACAACGUCAACCAGUUCAAAAGACAAAAGGACUGGGAGAAAUUCACCGGAUAG